AGUGUUUCAAGUCACCAGCCGCACUGCACCAGUCUCCAGGUCCGUGUGUCAGAAAGAAGCCGCCCGCCCCCGGGAGCUCGGCGCUGACACCGGAAGUUGCUCUGGGAUGUUGUCAUUUCCUAGGCUUGGUUGUUCCGGAGAGGUGGAAGCCUGAGGUUCAAGACACCGUGCCAUCAGUUAAACGGCUGUAGAAUACCUCUCCCCCGCCCCUUCAUACACUGGCCAGAUGGCCACUUGUAAAGUAGCAGGGCAGGAGGGUGGCUUGCCUAGCAGUACUAGGGGAGAGGGUGAAGACUUAGAGCUAACAGAAUUGGGACCGCUGUUGGAAACUGGAAGAGAAAGAAAGAGUCAGACAUCAACCUGUGGAAAAGAGAAUGAAGCAGCAAAGGGGCCUCAAGAAGAAGAGGAGGAGGAAGAGGUUAGGGUACUGACUCUACCACUUCAAGCACAUCAUGCCAUGGAAAAAAUGGAAGAGUUUGUAUAUAAGGUGUGGGAAGGCCGAUGGAGAGUUAUUCCAUAUGAUGUGCUUCCAGAUUGGCUUAAGGACAAUGAUUAUCUUUUACAUGGACACCGUCCACCAAUGCCUUCAUUCCGAGCCUGCUUCAGGAGCAUUUUCAGGAUACAUACUGAGACAGGAAAUAUAUGGACUCAUUUACUAGGUUUUGUUCUGUUCCUUUUCCUGGGAGUUUUGACAAUGCUUAGACCUAACAUGUACUUCAUGGCUCCCCUGCAAGAGAAGGUGGUUUUUGGAAUGUUCUUUUUGGGGGCCGUGUUGUGUCUCAGCUUUUCCUGGUUGUUUCACACAGUGUACUGUCACUCAGAGAAAGUAUCCCGAACAUUCUCUAAGCUGGACUACUCUGGCAUUGCCCUACUUAUUAUGGGAAGUUUUGUUCCCUGGCUGUAUUACUCGUUCUACUGCUCUCCUCAGCCACGUCUCAUAUACCUGUCCAUAGUGUGUGUGCUUGGCAUCACUGCAAUUGUUGUAGCACAAUGGGAUCGUUUUGCAACACCAAAGCAUAGAGCAACACGAGCAGGUGUAUUUUUGGGUCUUGGUCUGAGUGGCAUUGUCCCUACCCUCCAUUUCACUAUUGCAGAGGGCUUUGUUAAAGCAACUACAGUGGGUCAGAUGGGCUGGUUCUUCUUGAUGGCCGUUAUGUAUAUAACAGGAGCUGGGCUGUAUGCAGCACGGAUCCCUGAACGCUUCUUCCCUGGAAAGUUUGAUAUCUGGUUUCAGUCCCACCAGAUUUUUCAUGUCCUGGUUGUAGCUGCGGCUUUUAUCCACUUCUAUGGGGUUUCCAACCUACAGGAGUUCCGUUAUGGUCUGGAGGGUGGCUGCACAGAUGAUUCUCUUCUGUAAUGUCUGGACAUAAGUAGAGUUUCCACUUUCCUCUGGAGAAAAACAGGGGAGGGUUAGAGAACUAAAUCAAUUUAGUAUCCAACUGUAUUGUCACAAUAUGCCCAGAAAACCUCAGUUAUAAGGCAAAGAUCACAAUUACCUCCUCAUUACGGAACACAAGAGCACUUCAUGCACAAGACAUAAGCAGAAUAAACGUGAAGUUAACCUGUGUAUAGAACAAUAACUUUACUUUGCCUUGUGUGCUAAGAGGAAAGGGGCACUAGUUUUAUUACGUUAUCAAGGUCUCUACUACAUAACUCUACAUUCUCCUGCCAUUCGUGUUUAAAUUGAUCUAGACGCAAGCAUAACUUUAUGGGAAGUUACAUCGUAUGAUUUGAACCUUCUUGUACUAAUGAGAGCACUAUGUUGUAUGAGCAAAGCAUUAGUGGAGUCGGAAUUUUGCUUUGGUGGCAGCUUUGAAUACUGAGCACUCGUUCCUGUUGAACUAUAUAAAUCUAUACCAGGGCACACAAGCAGGUGUGUGAAGGCUUGCUGUCUUCCUUAAAAGAACUAUUAAAGGUAUUUUAUUUUUAACAACCCUAAAACCUAAACUGCUCUCAAAACCUGAAAAUUCAGAUUUGACUGCAGUUAGGCCCCAAUACCCCUUAUUCUCUGCAUCAUGCUCAUGAGAGUAAAGAAAGCUGAGAUGUGAAUCCUAACACAGAAAGGGUAUGUUCGCACACAGUUUUUGAUCCCAUCUUUUUACCUGCAAACAUUUUGCAGCCAUCUUUUGCACAAAAAAGUACAGUUUUUUUCUUCUUAAAUUAAAUGUGUGCAAUAUCAGCCUAUUUUCCAUGUUAUUUCAACUUAAUAACUGGAAAAGGAUGGACUUUUUUGGCCAAUCAGAGCUCAGCUUUAGUUUUACCAGAUAAAUAUUAGACACAAAAGAUGAGGUGUCAUUGGUUGCUAUAGGCAACAAAAAGAAUCUUGACUAAAACAACUUGCUAAAUCUCCCACUAUGUGCAAACAUAGCCAAAGGCUGCUGUAGCUGUCUCUAAGUCAGGUGACCAGCGUGACUUUUUAAAAUUAUUGAAUAGAACUGCAGGCUUCAAAAGUCAAAAAUAGUUUGACUCUUGAGAACCCUUCUUCUGUUAGUCUGGAAUGUAAAAUUAUUAGUUCUCAACUUUGCACACUGGAAUUUCUGGGCAGAAUUUCUGACUGAGAUCGAGCCGGCGGCACUAGGACCACGCAGACUAAAUUGCCGUCCCCAUAGAUGGCAAUGCAUUUCUGAGCAGAUCUCCCAAAAUAUCCACCUAGAAAUACAUUGCAGUCUAUGGGGGCAGCAAUGCAGUCUGCUCGGUCCUAGCACCGCCGGCUCAAUCUCCGGCAGAAAUUCAGUUACACUUUAAACAGUUAAAGUGUACCUGUAAAGUUUUAUGAUAUGACUAUAGUACAACACUGUGCACAAUAGCCAUUUUCUUUAAUUACUUUAAUUUUGAAUUUGCCACAAAAAUACUCGAAUGGAGGCACUGCUGUCCUGGCUCCCCACUGUUUGUAACUGUGCAUAAGAAGACUGAGUUUCCUGAUCAGUCUCUAUAGCACCUGUUCUACAGCACGAGACCCAGUGUAAUGUGAUUCUACGGCGCUGGGUUUCACACUGGAGACUGAGUAGGAAGCUCUCUCUCCCCUAACUCACAGUUUUAAAAAAAAUGGCGGCAGCCGGGACAACGUUGCCACCGUUAAGGUAUUUAGGUGGUGAAUUUAAAGAAAGUGUUGAUAGACCAUAUACAAUCUAUCUUACUUGUAUAGAUAUUAAAGUAAUAAUUAUUUUUUUUUAAAUAAAACUUUACAGGUACACUUUAAAGUAAAUGUAAAGACCCUAACAAAUCUCAGUUUCCUAAACUACCAUGAGUGUGGCAUGGUGUAGUGGAAUAUUGGUGUUUGGCUUUAUAAUGCGUAAGAGUACACAUUUUCUCAGGAUAUUUUUAUAAUGGUGAUCCUUCUCAUUUAUUAAGAUAAGAAUUUUAAGGUUGCGGCAGUGAUUCUUAGUAGAGGUGUUUCCCUAUCGGCAUCAUACUAAAGAGAAGGGGCAUUAUAAUGAAAAUGUAUAUAUAUAUAUAUAUUGAAAGUAAAGAAAACUGUUAAAUAAAAGUAACGGCAAUGGGUUUAUUUUAUUUUUACA